AUGAUGCAAUAUUUUGCUGAAAAGAAAAAUGUUCGAAUUGAAGGAAACAUGCCUGCCGUGCGUCAACAUGUUGAUCGUGAUGCACUUUAUCCUCUCCAAUGUCUUGAGAUCUUGCCUUUCCAGCGCGUAUCUAUAGAUAAGAUGCAACUGACUGAUGAAAUGGCUCAAAUUUCGAGCGAUCUUCUUAAGGCAAAUGCUGUUGGACCUGAUGUUCGUAGUGAAAUGAUCAAAGAUGUAAUGCGACAAAUUGGAAGAGAUGGUGAUUGUGCCAAAUUUAUGUUUCAUUUUGGUGUCAAACUUCGAGGUGAUCAAAACAACGUUCAAAUUGGUCAGCGAAGCUUACCGGUUAUCCGGUUUGGGAAUAAUCAAACAGCUAAUCCAAAUGAAAACGAUAAGGGUAGUUUUGACAUUCGUGGACCUCUUCGUUAUUUGGAGCCUUCUGAUGUUCUUCGUUCUUGGAUUGUGGCUUUUCCUCGAAGAGUAACACAGGAUUCAUUCAAUAAAUUUAUUGGCGAUAUUCAACGAAUGGCUAAUCAGCGUGGAAUGAAGUUGCCUCAACCUGUUUUUGAGAAUCUUGAGGUCAAUGCUAUGGAACAACGUUUUGCUGAGUUUUCGAAGGCAAAAAUUCAAUUUGUUCUUUACAUUGAUGAGCGUUUUGUUAAAUCUCAUGCAAAACUGAAACUUUGUGAACGUCGUUAUACUGUGCUUACGCAACAUGUCAACAUUGAGAUGGUUAGCAAGGCCGGGCCAGCUUCCGUCAGCAAUGUUCUUGCCAAAAUGAAUAUGAAGCUUUUUGGUUUGAACUAUAUGCCUCUCUUUGAUCCUGUGACCAAAAAUAAGCUUGACAUUGCUUCUGGUCAGAUUCUUGUUCUUGGCAUUGAUACUUCUCGUCCACCCAGAGCUACUGCUUUUGAGAAAUUCAAAUUAAGCAAACAAGGAAUGGAAGGAUUUACUUCGGAAGAUCCUUUGACUUAUUGCGGCAACUAUUUGGCUAAUCCUUCAAAAUUUGUCGGCGAUUACCUUUACCAGCCUUGUAAACAAGAUGUUCUUGAUGUUGAUUAUUUUGGAGAGCGUAUCAAAUGGAUUGUUAGCACUUUGAAAGCUAACCGAAAACAACUUCCUUCAACUAUUUUCAUCAUUCGCGAUGGAAUCAGUGAGGGAAUGGUUCCUAAGGCUGUCAAUGGAGAAUUCUCGCGAAUUAUUGAGACGUUUAGAAGCAUUAACCAAGGAUGGGUUCCAAAAUUUGUCUUCGUUAUUGUUGAUAAGCGCCAUACAAAACGCUUUUUCUUAAACACUGGUCCAAAUCGCAACCCUAAACCGGGUUCAGUCAUUGAUAAGAAGUUCGUCCGUGUGGAUCUGCAUGAAUUCUUUUUGCAGGCUCAUCAUCCACUAAAGGGCACGUCAAAGAUUCCUCAAUACAUGAUCCCAAUCAAUGAGAUCAAGGCUAAUAAUGACGAAUUGCAAGCGUUUAUCAUUGGACUGUGCAACAUGUGGCAGAUUGUUAAUAUGCCGCCUGCUCUUCCGUCACCUGUUUUACAAGCGAAGGAACUUGCAAAACGAGGAAGUAAUAAUUAUGUGGAGAUGAAACGAACUGCUCCUCAAUACAUUCCUCGUAUUACUGGUGAACGUAUGAUCGAUUUUGCUUUGCUCAACACACGCGUUCCAUAUGGAGAUAGUGUUUUAAGUAAAACUCGUUUCAAUGCUUAA